AACUUCUCAUUCUUGUAUCCAUUUCUGCACUGAUUUUCACUUUAAUUUUCUCUGUAGAAAGGAAAAGAACAAACAAAAAUGGGCGUCUCCACCUACACUGACGAGCAGACUUCUCCGGUCGCCCCAUCAAGGAUUUUCAAGGCCUCAAUUGUCGACUCCCACAACUUGAUCCCAAAGCUAAUGCCACAAGCCAUCAAGAGCAUCGACAUCGUCCAAGGCAACGGUGGGACCGGGAGCAUUAAGCAAAUCAACUUCCCCGAAGGUAGUAGUUUGAAGUCGAUAAAGUAUUACAUCGACGAGCUGAACGAGGAGACGUUGACGUACAAGUACACGCUGGUCGAGGGCGACGCCCUGCUAGAUCAGCUCGAGAAGAUAACGUACGAGGUGAAGUUUGAGAAGACCGCGGAGGGUGGCUCCAUUUCUAAGGUGACAAGCAAGUACUACACUGUUGGGGAUUUCAAGAUGAAAGAAGAAGAAAUCAAGGCUGGGAAAGAGAGGGUGCUGGCAAUGUACAAAGCUGUGGAGGCCUAUCUUAUUCAGAACCCUCAGGCUUAUGCUUAGGAUAUGUUCCUCUAGCCUUUUCCCGGAUACUGCCUAAAUCAGUGAGCUAAGUCCAUUCAGGCACGUUACUCUUGUCUUAUAACUCAUCAGUGAGCUAAGUCCAUUCAGGCACGUUCCUCUUGUCUUACAUAUAUGUUGGUGUGAUGUUUAAUUUGGUUCUUCCCCAAUUCCAUUUUUCAAUUAAUCUCAUCAUGUGUGCUUCAAUUCCAAGUAUGGUUUUUAAUAAUGUAUUGCCAAUUAUAUUGUGUUUGUAAUAAGGGUAUGAGACUCCUAAAUUGAUAUCAAUAAAAUACUUAUUGCGUUUCGAAUU